AUGAGUGGAGUACAUAAAGAUUACAUUCAAAACGUGCUCAAUCCUGUUCUCCAAGACAUGGUCUCAGCCCUUCUUAUAUCCAAGCCUGAUGACCCCAUUCCUUUUAUGGUCGACUGGAUGAAGCAACGGCUCAAUGUCCAAGAUCGGCCAUCUGAAAAAGAAGAGCUGAGGAUCCUUAGACAAGAGGUCGCAAGGCUCAAGGCAAAUAAAAACGCUGGCUCAGAAGAAGAACAGAGCGACGAAUCUGAAGGAGAAUUUGAAGAGGAAGACCUUCAAGCUAAGCGAGAGAAAAAAUCUCAUCGGGCUGCUGUUUCUGCUGAAGCUUAUGGGGACUGGAACAAAAAAGAAGACUUCCGCCCCAGAGUUAUCCCCAAAAGUCAAGACCAAAAGGAAAGAAUUGCAGAAAGGCUCAGCAAGGCGUUCAUGUUUAGCGCUCUUGAUGAACAUGAGAAAGAAAUCGUGAUUAAUGCCAUGGAAGAGAGGAUUAUUGGGAGAGGACAGACUGUUAUCAGACAAGGCGAUGAUGGUGCUGAGCUAUUUGUGGUGGAUUCAGGGACUUUGCAGUGCUUUAAAGUCAUUAAUGGGCAAAACAAGUAUUUAAAGGACUAUAACCCUGGGGAAGCUUUUGGAGAACUAGCUAUGCUUUAUAAUGCGCCAAGGGCGGCUACCAUUACAGCUUCGUCUGACUGUGCUUUAUGGUCUUUAGAUAGAGAAUGCUUUAACCACAUCGUAAAAGGCUCAGCAAUCAGAAAAAGAGAAAGAUAUGACCAGUUCUUGUCAAAAGUAAAACUUUUAGAAAGCAUGGACCCAUAUGAGAGAUCUCAACUCUCAGAUGCUUUUGCUAAUGUUGUAUUUAAUGAUGGGGAGUAUGUAAUCAGAGAAGGGGAAGAAGGAAACGAGUUUUUCAUUAUUGAAGAAGGUACUGCUGUUGCUACUAAAACAAUUCAUCAAGGACAUCCUCCAGAAGAGGUGCUAAGAUAUUCAGCUGGAGAUUACUUUGGAGAACUUGCUCUUAUUAAGAAUGAACCAAGAGCUGCAAAUGUUAUUGCGACCUCUCGCUUGAAGUGUGUCAGUCUGGAUAGGCACUCGUUUAAGAGAUUGCUGGGGCCAGUGGAAGACAUUUUGAAGAGAAACGCAAGAAAUUAUGAAGAAAUCAUUGCAAAGAAAAAAUAA